AGUUAUUUUUGAGGUGGAGCACAAAACUUGACCAAUUCUAAAAAGGGGGCGUGGUUUAAAAAGGUUGAGAACCACUGUAUUAAAUUGACAAUGGCAAAAGCUGAUAAUCCAAACUACUCCGCCUGGAGAUCACGGGAAAUCAAAUUAAAUGAAGAAAAUAUCACACCGUGGGAGGCAGCUGAAUUACGAAGGGACGAUAUAAACCAACUGUGUUUUGAACUUGAUUCUGAGGAAUUAGAAUUAGAUUUAUUCUCAGAUUUGUUUCGGAAGGAAUUAAAUGAAUAUUCAACUAUUGUAGAUGGUGAAGACAGCACUAAAUCAUUUCAAGAGGCAGUGAAAACUUUAGUCCCAGAUUACAAGAAAAACUUUGAAAAAUUCCAAUCAGGACUUACGACUUCAAAACUACUUGAAUUAAAAAAUGUCAAAACUGCCUUUGAGCAGUGUAAGCUCCUAUCAGAGCCUGAAAACAAUGAAAUUAGGAAAAAUGAACAUGUUAUAGUCCCAGUUGGGCCGAAAUCGGGUAAAAAUGGUCCAAAUUUGACCUCGAAUUUAAAAGAAAGGCUAAAAUCUUUUAAUAUUUAUCAAAAAGUCCCGAAAGAUGGAAAAAUUACAGAAAAUGAAAAUAAACGAGGGUUUUUUGAAGAAACUUUGAGAAAAAGUAAAAGGAAAUGUGUUGUUCCGGACGACAAUAUUGAAGUUGGAGACAACGAAGGUUUAUUCUCUGGAGUCGAACCUGAGCGUAAAUUUCAUUUCAAAUCAGCGAAAGAGCAGUAUGAGAUUGAUAAAAAGAAAGGAAAACAUACAUCUCCACAAGGUACCUCAAACAACAACAUUCCUGCAGGAAAGAAAUCACUUGGGGCUCGUCCUCGUAAUAGUUGUUUCGGGAAAUUUGUUCCGCCGAGCUCAAAAGAUCAGAGAGAACAGAAUGAAAGAGAUUGUUCUCUUCUUCGGAAAUGUGGACAAAAAACUGGCAACAAUGAGAUGGACGUAGAUGAGAUUGAUCCAAGAUUGAAAGGUCUGGAUCCCAAGAUAAUAGAACUUGUAUCAAAUGAGAUUAUGGAUCAUGGACCCCCAGUACAGUGGGAUGAUAUUGCAGGCCUUGAGUUUGCGAAGACAACGAUCAAAGAAAUUGUCAUUUGGCCGAUGCUGAGACCAGAUAUAUUUACCGGACUUCGUGGCCCUCCAAAGGGCAUUCUGCUAUUUGGACCACCUGGUACUGGUAAAACAUUGAUUGGGAAAUGUAUAGCAAGUCAAUCUGGUGCCACAUUCUUCAGUAUCAGUGCUUCUUCACUCACUUCAAAAUGGGUCGGAGAAGGAGAGAAAAUGGUCCGAGCGUUAUUUGCAGUAGCAAGUUGUCAUCAACCGGCAGUUAUAUUCAUCGAUGAAAUAGAUUCGUUGCUUUCCCAGAGAUCUGACAGUGAACAUGAGUCAUCUAGAAGGAUAAAGACUGAAUUCUUGGUCCAACUAGACGGAGCAGCGACUUCCAAAGAUGACAGAAUUCUUGUCGUUGGAGCAACGAAUCGUCCGCAAGAAAUAGACGAGGCUGCAAGACGUAGAUUGUCCAAGAGACUUUAUAUUCCUCUACCUGAAGCUGAUGCCAGAAAGCAGAUAGUAGAGUCCCUACUACAGCAACAAAGCUUCAAUAUUGCUUCUGAAGAAAUUACUUCAAUCAUUUCUGGGAGUGACGGCUACUCAGGUGCUGAUAUGGCAAACUUAUGCAGAGAGGCCGCUCUGGGACCGAUUAGAAGCUUACAGGGCAUGGAUAUUAGUGCAAUUAAUAAGGAUGACGUUCGACCAAUCAUAGUAGACGAUUUCAAGAAGGCAUUGUUACGUGUUCGUCCAAGCGUAUCUUCGAAAGAUCUAGUUCUAUUUGAAGAAUGGAAUAAGCAAUAUGGGUGUUGCGCAUUCUGAGUUCUCUUCGCAUUAGUUUGAAAAAGUUCUUGUAAAUCAGAAAAAUUGCAAACUGUGAGCCAAUCGUGUACCAUCGAGCAUUUUCUAGUGGACCUCCUAUAAAUUCCAAUUUUGACAGUAAUACGCAAAAAGGGUAUUCCCAUAGUAUAUGUACUAGGUUAGAGUUAGGGCAUAAUUUCAUUCCGAUUUACCUUAUUUUAGUUCUAUUAAGAGUUCAGGGACUAUCUGUGUUAGCCAAGUGAAUAUACCUCUUGCCCAUAGGUUUCAGUCCCUUUACACAACUUGAUGUAAAGUAGGCGAACAAAAUUAGCUUCCUCCAUAUUGAUACACGCACUUCUGGCGCGCUCAAAUUUUUUGUUAAAUGGUUUUCAUUCAUAAAUCAAACAAUCAUAAAUUACGUUCAUUUUAACCAAUCGAAUUAGUCAUAUAGAUUAGAAAGCAAAUAACGUUAUCAAACUCAACCUGUACAAAUUCAGGUCUCAGAUGUGACUCUCCUCUACUUUUGGCAAAUUUACUUGGAAAAUACAAGUAUGUCUUCUUCGGGACCUGUUUUUCUCAUCUGUUUAAUUUUCUUGUCGAUCUUUAAUAAUGUUCUUGAAAGGACCCCUAUUUUCUAGGCCCACCAGGUGUCGGGACCCCCAAUGCUAACUUAUUGUAUAUGGUUGCUUGUCUAAUGCUUUAUUUAAGGUGGAACAUUUCAUAAGAGAAUCAUAAGUUGUUCAUUGUUUUUCUCAGUUCAGUUUUUUAAAUAUUUUUCUAAUAAAAAAUUUAUUUUUGUUAUAAAAAAACAUUUUCUUUGCAGUUCAGUGAGUUGGGAAUAUUAAACUCUGCAGUUAAAUGUCAUCAGAAUAGGACAGGACUAGGGGCAGUUAGUUCUUUUGUGUGAACAGUUUGUUCAAAGCAGAAGUGUGCGGCCGCAGGCCAAAACCAGGCCCAUCUUUUAGUGUGGCCAAUACUUGAUACAACAGUUCGUUUGAAAAGGCACUCACAAGGCAAAAAUACAUGUUUUUUGCUCUUGUCACGGCAAUAAAUCUUCUGCUGCUUUACCUGGUGCAUUUAUCUUUGGGAGACUAAGUGGUGGCCGAGUUCUCUUCUCUUGCCUACCCCGCUGAAUUUUUUGUGUGGUCCAGCUAGAUACCUGAAGUUGGUUAUAAGACUCACCGAUAAAA